GUCUGGUUGGCAGAGUCUGUGUCCAUUGUUUGAAAAGUUUGAAAACAGCUGUAUUAUGUUUGGUUAUAGUUACAGUUUGUCAGGGUAUUUUGGUUUGUGAUCAUUAUUUCUGCACGAUGAAUAGCCUAAAUAACCCGAUUUAUUUACACAAAUGUAGGAACCAGAAAGACGCCUAACAUUAGUUCCUACUGUACUUCGUUUCCAGCCGGUAGAAAUAAAUGCGACAUUCGCGGAAAAGUCAUGUGUAAUACAGAAAACAUUAUACGCUACAGCGCAAAGUUGUGAUAUUUCUGUGAUAUAUACACAAACAUUACUUUAUAUGCAUUUAGCAACAUCUAUUGAUAUGUUAACGAGGAUUCGUCUCUGUUACCCUGGCUGUUGUACUGUAGCCUAAUAUCUUAAUAGUUAAGUCAAUUGUUGUGGAUACUAUUCAGCAUACUUCGGGGUUUUAACUCGGUCAUCGGGUUCGAACAUGGACCCAAAACACAAAAAACUGCUCCGAUCUCAGCGGCUUUUUUUGGCUGAGGAGCUUUUAGUGGACGACAUGAUCAUACAGUAUUUAUAUCAGGAGGAGAUUUUAACGGAGAGUCAUUUAGAGGAGAUUGAGUCUGAGUCGUCUAAUAGGAAAAAAACGUUAAAGCUGCUUGAUAUUCUCCCCACUCGCGGCUCGCGCGCCUUCCAUCACUUUACUCAGUCGUUAGAGAAAGAUUUCCCCUGGAUCAAAGAUAAAUUACUGCGACUGUGUGCGGAAGACACCGAGUCUCCUCCUCCGCCGUUCACAGGAACAUUGGCUUGCGGAGAGUCUUCCUGUCAGAAUGUGGAAGCUGGCUGCAGUGCUAGGCCAUUCCAGCUGGCCUCUACAGUCGGAUGUACACAGCCAGUUCAGUGUGGCGUACCUGACCACAUCCUUCCGACCGUUCCAACCAUGCUGCAUCUGAACCAACUGGCUGCUUGUCUGGGUUCGGAAUGGAAAUCUGUGCUGCUGGACCUGGGCCUGUCCUCUGCGGAUCUGUACCGGUGCUGUGCGGACAACCCCCUCGCGGUUCAGAGUCAGGUGCUCGCGGGGCUGGUGAUGUGGACGCAGAGGAACGGAAGAGAAGCCACAGUGCGGCGGCUGCUCCAGAGCCUGCAGGCCACAGACAUCCUGCCAUCUGUCCUCCAGCAGGUGUUUGUGUAACGUCAUGAAUCCUGUUUUCUGGACUUCACCAUAUACUGCUCUUGAGCUGUGGAAAACUCAUGCUCUUGACACUGGAGGAAGAGAGAGAGACAGUGUCCUUGCAUGACAUUUAUAUUUUGUUAAGGAAUACACUGAAAAUCCACCAUACAUCUAUGACAGUCUACAAAAAUUAUGAAAUUGAUCAUGUCAUACUGUUUUUAUAUCUAUGCCUAUUAAUAUUAAAAUUAUCAUCUUUUAAAAAUAUGCUUCCAAAAUGGUACAGAAAUUACCCACUUCACAUACAUUUUUUUGCAUUGUAUUUUUUUGAUGCAAAUAUUGCCUUGCUUUGCUGGUAACCUAGAAGUUAACAUUUUACGGCAGUAGUACAAUACUUUCAUACAUUUCACAAUACUUCACAUACAUUCAUGAGAAAACACUGUUUUAUAAUAUUUUGGUAAACAGUGUUUCCUGUCCCAGAUAACAUCUGUCCUUGAUGAGGUGAGAUGAGUUCAUGCAACUUUAUGCAAUCUUUAUUUGAAACUAUUUACCAGCUGCUUGCUGAUACAUGUGAUGUACUUCUCAUUCAGAAACAGGUUGUUCUGCCCACUGCUUCCACCCAGUAAUAACACUUUAAGCACCCACAUGGAAGUGGGGGUGAAUGUUUAUUUUUUAUUUUUUUUAAGAAGGGGAAUGUCUGUCUUGUUAAUAUUUGUUAUUCUCCUUUUGGUGCUUUAUGCAAUUGCAACAGCGAAACACUUUCAUAAGUUAAACAUUGAUUCAUCUCCAACAAUUUAACAAUAAAUAUUAUGAUAAAAGGAGCAAUUGAAGUAACCUUCAAUAUAAAUAAAGAUAUGUGUAAACUGGA